CGGUAAGUAAUGUAAUAUUUAAAUGUUUUCUUCGCGUGAACAUUUUUGUUGGAUGUAAUAUAAUAGCUUGAGAGAUAUGAUAUUGUGUGUAAUAAGUGAGAGAUAGGGUGCAGGAAUACUUUGGGCCUUGGGUUGUGAUGUGGCUGUUGCCGAGGGUGGUGCGCUGCGCGUGAAGUUCUGUGUAGGUCAUUGGAGUUUUAACUACCCUUUUAACUUAUCCGUGCAUUUAAUAUCUUCUUUGGGAAACGUUCCAGUUUGUUCGGUGGAUAUAAUUAUUAGUGUGCAAUAGUAUUCACGCAUCUGUGGUUAGCUUUGUGUUGUCAAUCGGUCGUGUAUUCUACCACAUUCCAUUUGUACUGAAGUUUGCUUUGUAGGACCCUGCCAUGGCCAAUCGCGGAGGGGCCCAGAGACCAAAUGGAGGACCAGGAAAAAUUUGUCAAUUUAAACUUGUAUUGUUAGGAGAAUCGGCUGUUGGAAAGUCAAGUUUAGUGUUGAGGUUUGUGAAAGGACAGUUUCAUGAAUAUCAAGAAAGUACUAUUGGAGCUGCCUUUCUGACACAGACAGUUUGCUUAGAAGAUACUACAGUCAAAUUUGAAAUUUGGGAUACAGCCGGACAAGAGAGAUACCACAGUCUGGCACCAAUGUAUUAUCGUGGAGCUCAGGCUGCAAUUGUUGUAUAUGAUAUUACCAAUCAAGACACAUUUGGACGUGCUAAAACGUGGGUGAAAGAGUUACAAAGGCAAGCUUCCCCAAACAUUGUUAUUGCACUUGCUGGCAACAAGGCAGAUUUAGCCAACAAACGUGUUGUUGAAUAUGAUGAGGCGCAAGCAUAUGCUGAAGAAAAUGGACUUCUGUUUAUGGAAACUUCAGCUAAGACUGCAAUGAAUGUCAAUGAGAUAUUUUUAGCAAUAGCCAAGAAACUUCCAAAGAACGAGCAGGUCUCUGGUGCUGGAUCUAGUGGUCAAACCAGACGAUUGGUGGAAUCUGAGCAGCAGAAGGCACCGGGCAAUUGCUGCAAGUGAUCCGUCUACGUAGUCUGGGCACUAUCAAAACAUUAUGUUUGUUCCAUUCUUUGCUAGGAGGGCAGUGUUCCAGUGGGCUUUGGCAGAGCAGCUGAUUGGCCGUUGGCUGGAAACAUUCCUGGUGGUCGGAACUACAAUGACCUCCACGAGUGCAAUGAACACAUUUCCAUUUUAAUUCUCCUAUCGAUUGCCAUGCAGAAUAACAUGAUAAAUAUCAGUGGCAGUUGUUUAUAGGUGAAGUAAGUGUAAUUAUCUUAAUGAAAUACAUUAUGCAUGUGGUGGGAGUCGUGGAAAUAUACCAUCAAGUUAGAAUGCUGUUGCUGCUGCUCAGAAGUUGAAGACACAUUGGGAAGAGUGCAGUUGUCUCCUGUGUGCUGUGUAGCUGGAUGUGUGGUAUUUUCUCAUGACUCCUCAAUCAACAAUCAAGAAAUAAAAUAAAUGAUUAUACAGUGACAUGUGUGGAAUAUGCAGUCCAGAAAUAUGUUUCAAAAUGUAGUAUUCUUCUGAACCUAAUAUUGAAAAGUUUCCUUUUUAAAUACUUUCUAAAAUAUCAGGUGAUUAUCUUCUGCAAUUUUUUGUUCCUGGUCUUUAUCCAUCUAAUGCUAAUUUUAUUUUAUUUAUAUAUAUAUAUUUUUUUUAAGAAAACAAAUAGUAUUUUGGAACAUAUUUCUGUCGGAAACCUUAUGCUCAUGGUCCAAAAAUAUAGCUUCUCUAUGAUAAAGUUUAUUAUGUAAUUAAAAAUUAGUUGAAUAUUGUUUUCAUUAGAUGUACAAAUAGCUUAUUGAUGUGGUGGCUGUACAUAUUCAAGUUUGUAUGAAUUUAUUUCAUUAAUCUUCAUGUAUUUGAUUAUCAAAGUUGUUCAUGGGUGUCAAAUAUGAAUUUGCCCAGGAAAUCAAGCACUGUAUAAUAUAUAUAUUGGAAAGCUUGCUUUAUCUUUCUGUAUGCACAGAAACACAUUGUACAGGAUAAUCGUGCAGAAAUAUAUACAUACAUAUAUAUAAAUAUAUAUAUACAUUCACAUAUAUAUUGUGUGUGUCCAUGUAUGUACACAUAUGCAAGUACAUACAUGUGCACACCAAAGUUCAGUAUUUGUUAAAGUUCUUUAUAAUGAGUAUACUAAUGAGUACAUCUUUGCCCCAGGGUAUCUGUAAUUUCACAUUGUGGUUUUCUCCAAGUAAUUGUCAGUUUGUUGCAGUCAGUGUGUUUUCAUGUAUUGUUGGCAUUAGUCUCCCGAUAUCCUUUUUCUAUGCCCUCUCGUGUACAUGAUAUUCUCUUUUCAAGAGUUGAAUUUGGGCUGGAGUUCUUGUUUGCUAGUGAUGCACAUGUGCAUGGCGUCCAUUUCUCAGAUGUUAUUAAAACAAAAUGUAUCAGAUACAAAUUGCCUUUGAGCUUUACAUGUAGGAAUCUUGAGUGAUCUGUGACUAAUUAGGAUUCAGAAAGACAAAAGUUUCACAUUGGUAUUGAGUUAAGAAAAAAAUAACUUUGUUGGGUAGCAUUUCGAAUAGUAAAUAAAUUUAUUACUUCAGUUUUCUGCAUUUAUCUGUUUGUUGACAGUAUGUGGAGGUUACUGUUUUAUUAGGGGGUGAGAAAUUUAUACAUUGUCAAUUUUCAUUGUCAGUUCCUUGAAAUAAAUAAAGUUUGUCGUGAAUUAUUCUGUAUUUUACUUAGUUAAUUUGUAAUAGUUCUGAAUAAGAAAGCAAAAUCUUGUAGGCGACAAACUUAACUGUGAAGUUUUUGAUAACAGAAAUGCGAAAAUUAAUUUUACAUACAGUUAAUUUGGAAUGAAUCUCAUAAGAUUAUGUUAAAGUUAGCAAUAAAUAUAAAUAUUUCUGCUAAAAAAUAUAUUGAAUUGAAAUUUCUCCAUAUGUACAUGUCGGUUAUUUCAUGGAAUGUAUUCAACUUGGUUUCAUGUAAAUUUUAAAAUUUUUCUUUGCAAGUAAUCCAAAAACUGGAUGAACUAAAACCUAACAAAAAAAAAAAAAAUCAUUGCAUUAUUACAAGUCAUCAAAUAAAAGUACGAAAUUGUAUAAGUAUAUCAUCCUAAAUAUUUCUGAAGUACACUGGGAUUUAAAACUAGACUGAUUUAAGAUGGAUCCUUAAGAUAACGCAAAGUAAUGUGAAACAAGCGUAAAAUCAAGAUUGAAUGCAGAUCGUUUGAAGGUCAUAACUGGAAACCUUUUUGUUUUUCUCAGGUUUCAUCCCACAUUUCUUACUUAAUUUUUGUGUCCACAUUUCAGAUGAAAUUGAAAGGCAAUAAAUGCAUACCUUCAAAAAAUUCUCAACCUUCAGAUAUAGACUGCUCUGGCCUCAAAACCCAGAGGUCACUGAACAUUUGGAGUGAUUUGCCAGAGUGCAGGAGAAAAUGUUGGUGCAACUUGUGUAAUAGUUAUUACCUUUUUAAAUGAAUUUACUAUGAUAAUUACACUAUCCUGUAUUUAUACUUCAGUUUUUGGUUUAAAGUUGAAAAUUAAAAAUCUGUUUGAAAAAUCCACACGUUAUAUAAACUAGUAGAAAUGCAUGGCAUACUGAAACUUUCCUCUUAGUAUUAAUCAUACUAACAAAGCGUGUACCAUAAUGUAAAGAUAUAAAAUAGAGGGGUCAAUUGCAAUGAAAAAAAGUGGCUUUAAUAUUGGAAAUGUAGGUCUAACUACUACUUCAGAAUGGCAAAGAGUUUCCUGCACUAGGUUUCUAGAUUAUAAUCUCUGUAGUCUGGGCUAGCUUCCCAGUUGCUGUCUGAAAGACCUGUUUCUUCAACAUUUUCUUAAUUUUCUCCUAACACAAUUGAAAUGUGGUAUAGAAGAGUAAAACAUGGACCUAUACACAUCUUCAUUGAACAGUUAGCUGUUCUUUAGAAAAAGUUCAAGCUUUCUGGAAAAUUAAGCUCUAAUUUUCUCCAAAAACUUGAAUUUUUAAGAAACUUAUUAAUUAUUGAAGCACCUGCACUCUCAGAUUCAGUAAUGUCUAAGGGAAGUCUAAUUUUAAUAUUAACAUACAUUUUGUACCACACAGUUCAAGAAAAAAUUGGAACAAAUUUUGAGAAAAUGUUUAAGCACUUCUGGAAAUGCACAAUUUUGAGCUUUUUUCGCACACAUCCCAAAAAAAACAGCUUUGAGUUGAAUUUUAUUAAAAUUAAUUUGAAGUAU